UUUCUUUAAUUUGGGUGUACUGUUUUGAGCACACCCUGUUUGAAAUAAAAAAUUCUUUUUUAAGCGGGUCCCUCGCAAUUAAGUGUGAAAAAUAAUUUCCUUAUGCGCAGUAUUAAAUUUGUCUAAAAUCAUUAAUUGUUUUACAAUUUUAAUAAUCAAGAUUUUAAUUAUCCAUCGAAAUGGAUGUUCCAGCAGAUAAAAAUUGUGAAGUAGAUUCUUGCAACGAUUCUGAUGAUGGAAGGAAGGACUCCGACAAUGCGAAAAUGAUACCAUUUGGAUGUAUGGGUGCUUUAUUUCGGCGUCAGUUUUUACAGGAAAUGGUUAAAAAUUUACCUGCGCCUAUACAAAAUAGAGUAGUUGCACUAAAAAAUAUACAACUCGAACACCUUAAGUUGGAAGCAGAGUUCUUUGAAGAAGUUUAUAAACUAGAACGGAAAUACCAAGAAAAAUAUCAGCCCCUUUUUGACAGAAGGAAAGACGUCGUUACAGGUCAAGUAGAGCCUUCAGAACAAAAGCCCCAAUGGAAAUCUGAUGAUUUGGAGGAUUCUGAAACAACCCCUGAAUUUCAAGAUAUGAUUAAAAAAAUAAGGGAAAUACCCGAAGAUACCAAAGGAAUUCCAAACUUCUGGUAUACAAUAUUUCGUAACACUGAGUUAUUGGGUGAUAUGAUACAGGAACAUGAUGAACCCGUUCUAAAAAAACUAACGGAUAUCAAAAUUAAAUAUGACGACGAGCAUUCCUAUACUUUGGAAUUUUAUUUUGAUAAAAAUGAGUACUUUUCAAAUGAAGUUCUUACCAAACAAUAUUUUUUAAAAGCUAUGGUCGAUGAAGACAAUCCAUUCGGUUUUGAAGGUCCAGAAAUUUAUAAGUGCAAGGGUUGUAAUAUCAACUGGGAAAAGAAAAUGAAUCUUACCAUAAAAACAAUUAGAAAAAAGCAAAAGCAUAAGGAACGCGGAACAGUCCGUAAUAUAGUAAAGCAAGUACCCAAUGACUCGUUUUUCAAUUUCUUCAACCCACCCGAUGUCCCAGAAGAUAAAGAUGAAAUGGAUGAAGAAACCCAAGGAAUUUUGGCAACCGACUUUGAAAUAGGUCACUUUUUACGAGCUAGAAUCAUUCCAAAAGCAAUUCUUUAUUACACUGGAGAUAUUAUUGACGACGAAGAUGACGAUGACGGCGAGUAUGAUGAUGAUGGUGAAGAUGACGAUGAAGAUGAGUCGGACGACGAAACAGUUGAAAAAGAAAAACGUAUAAAAUCAAUAGAUGAUUGUAAAAACCAAUAGCAUUAUGCGGGCAUCUACUAACAUUAAAUCACUAUAAUUCAAAAUUUAUUUUUUGUAAGAAUUUUGUAAAUGAAGCUCUAAGCGAAAAUAUGAUUUAAAAAGCUAUUUAGGCUACUUAUUUUCCAA